AUGGCUUCGGUUGUACUUCCUUUGUGUCUUGUUGCCCUUGCAAACGUGGUUCUGGGCCAGGACUCGACGCCAUCGCCGGCAUCAGCGGCGCCGAGUAUUUUGACAGCGUCUGGCUCUUCGUAUGCAACACACAUUGUGACUGUGGGAAAGGCGCUGAACCAAUUUGACCCUGACUCAUUAAUAGCCAAUGUGGGAGACGUGAUUCAAUUCGAAUUCUUCCCACCAAACCACUCCGUUGGUCGCGCGGAGUACCAACAGCCCUGCAUACCGUAUGAAGAUACCGGGGAGAACAAAGUCGGAUUUUGGUCGGGAUUUUUCCCGCUUGAUAAGAUCCUUCCUAACCCGCCAACAUGGAAUCUGACCAUCAACGACACUGAGCCCAUCUUUCUUUAUUGCGCAGCUCCUGGUUCAUGCAUCAACUAUCAGAUGGUUGGGGUUAUCAAUCCUAACGACUCAGUAUCGCUGGCCACGCAAAAGCAAGAUGCGGCUAAUGCGCAGUACAUGCUAGCACCUGGAGAACCUUUCCCGUCAGAAGCGGGGGUGCCCUCGGGUGAUGUCAACCCGGAAAUCAAUGCGAAUGGUUCGACCUCUCAGCCGGCAUCUACGCAGGCAACGUCUUCUACCGCUUAUGCCUCGCACACGCCCGAGGCGUCUUCUCACAAAUUAUCGACUGGCGCCAUUGUGGGUAUUGUAAUUGGGGGGAUCGCAGUCGCGGUCCUAAUCGGAGCCCUAUUCUUCCUUCUUGGACGCCAAAAGACCAUGCUCCAAUUCAUGAGGCGGAAUCAGUACCAGGCACCCGGGGCACAGAAUCCGCCAGGAGACCAGCCUGACAUCAGAUCGCCGCCGCCCCAGAUGACUUCGUUUCCAAUUGCUCCAGCAACACCAUAUUCGGGAACGCCCAACUACCACGAACCUGCUUAUGACACCCCUCCAUACACAAGGCACGCAGCACAAGAUCCACUGGCCACUCCACAGCCUCCAGUGGCCGAGCUGCCCUCGCCUGCGGAGAAGCACAUGCAAGAGUAUAUCAGCUCCAAGCCUCUGGAGAUGGAACAACAUUCACAGGAGCCUUACCAGGACAGCAGAGCGCCAACGCCGCAACCGCAGGCACAGCCACUGAACUUCUGGGGAGGGUCGAGGUCAACGAAGACACAAACAUCUGAAUUGUCAGCCGAGUCGCCAAGUGUAGGGAGGAGCCCAAACAUGUCCCCAAGCAGCACACAAACAUGCGAGAUUGUGCUGCAUCAAAACCAACCCGGUUGCGAUAUUGUUGAACAAGUUGCUGUCGCCCUUCGCGCCCAAACGGGCGUCACAGGAGGAAUGGCCUGCUCACCGCCUUCUUCGCCCUCUCCGGCACGCCCAAUGAGCGGAGUCUUCCAGGCAGCCCGGAGCCAGAGCCGGAUGAGUUACAGCAGCAAACAGGGUGGAGGCAGCAGAAAUUCAGACGAGGAGGGGAGACCAGCCGUCUCGGUCAAAGUCGCUGUACGAAUCCGUCCACCGCUGCGACCGAAUGAUCCAGGCUUCGAACUCAUCCCUCAGCGCUUCCAGAGAUCCAUGGUUCACGACACCUCACCAAGCAGCCUAGCCAUCGAGUCACCACAUGGGCAAAAACUCUUCCUGUUCGAUAGGGUAUUCGGAGAGGAUGUCUAUCAAGAGGGCGUUUGGCAAUACGUGAAUGAAAGCGUCGAUGCCUUCGUGCAGGGUUACAACGUGUCUGUCCUUGCCUACGGACAGUCCGGUUCCGGAAAGUCAUACACGAUGGGGACAUCUGGCCCUGCUGAGCAGAGUGAUCCUCGACUCAUGGGUGUGAUUCCCCGAGCCGCCAGCGCGCUGUUCGAAAAGCUUGCAGGGCCACCAACACUGCGAAGAAGCGGAUCUUCUGGUCUUCGCACACCUACCCGCUAUUCAAUGCACUCGACCGUGGGGCUAGCAGCAAUGGCAAAGGCUCAGGCACAGGCAAGCGAAGAUAAGAACUGGCAGAUGAAAGCUACAUAUGUUGAGAUAUACAACGAGCAAUUGCGAGACCUGCUAGUACCAGAAUCCGUACCUCUGGCCGCACGGACGACUGUGGCUAUCCGGGAGGACGUAAAAGGUCGCAUUCUCCUGACCGGGCUCCGUCAGGUCAACAUAAAGUCCAUCGAAGAUCUCCUGGCAGCUCUAAAUCUGGGAUCUUCGAUUCGGCAGACGGACUCGACCGCUCUCAACGCCAAAUCAUCUCGCUCCCAUGCAGUGUUUAGCAUUAAUCUUGUUCAGCGAAAGAACAAGGCGCACACCCCCAAAAAAGACAAGAGGCUCUCCAUGCCAGUAGAAGCCAUGACAGGGGCGGAAGACUGGGUUACGAUUGACAGCAAGCUACAUUUCGUCGAUCUGGCCGGGAGUGAAAGAUUGAAGAACACCGGUGCUUCAGGAGACCGUGCAAGAGAAGGGAUUUCCAUUAACGCAGGUCUUGCAAGUUUGGGAAAAGUGAUUUCUCAGCUUUCAACCCGACACUCUGGCACCCAUAUAUCAUACCGCGACUCCAAGCUUACCCGAGUACUGCAGGAUUCUCUUGGUGGUAACGCAAUUACAUACUUGAUCGCCUGCGUGACACCAGCGGAAUUCCACUUGAGCGAAACCUUAAACACCGUGCACUACGCACAACGGGCCAGGAACAUCCAGAGCAAACCCCAGAUUCAGCAAACCUCGGACGAGAGCGAAAAACAAGCUGUUAUUGACCGUCUCAGAGCAGAAGUCUCAUUCCUUCGUGAUCAAAUCAGUCAUUCUGACCGUCGGAUGAGUGCGCCUCAUGAGCGAGUCGAGCGGCAGAACGAGAGGGAGUUAGAGCUCGAGAGCCAUCUUCUCGAUGUCCAGGAGAAUUACACUGCCCUCAGCCAUCGACAUGCGAAGCUCAUCUCGGAGAUCACCAAAGCAAGGGACAACGAAUCUGGAGAGACGCCGACGCUCACAGAAGCAAUUGGAGACUCCGCAGUCGAGAGACUGAAGCGCUCAAAUUCAUUCGCAGAAGCAGUGGAGCAAGUUGUACUUGAAUAUGAGAAGACUAUCCAAAGCUUGGAGACGUCGCUUUCGAACACCAGAUCUUCCUUGGCCACCACGGAGAGUACCUUGCUCGAGAAAGAAAACAAGUGCGCCUAUGUUGAAAGUGUGAACCAGCAAAUUCAGACUCGACUGCACAAGCUAAUGGAGCGGGAUGCUAACAAUGAGCAAUACCUGCACAACCUAGAGGCUAAGCUCGACGGUCAAAGCUCCGGUGACGAAAAGUCUGCAGCACUUGUGAUGGAAUUGCGUAAAGAAAUUGCCCGGAUCCGUGAAAACGAGUCUCAAUGUGAGGAUUACAUAGCUACCUUGGAGGAGCGGCUCGCCGAGGCGGACCAAGACAUGGAGCUCAAGCAGCGUGAGUUGGAUCGACUUGAACAUGUCAUUGAACGCCAAAGGAGCCUUGGGAAGCUAGAUAACCUGCUGUACGAGUUUGAUCAUCUUCACACUAACGGUAACUCGAAUGAAAAUCAGGCUCCAAGCAAACCUCUGACCAACGGCGUGGCAAAGUCAGCCGCAAUGUCCACUCUUCAAGAAGCGGCAAACAUCGCAAUCCCAGAAUCAGACGAGGAGGAGGAGACUGGGUUCUCACUGGGGAAGCAAAGCUCGCAGCUACCAAAUGGAUUUCAGGCAACCCGGACCGUUAGCACGGCAAGAGCCAGUCCCGCUUCUCAUUUAGAUACGGAGCAACAAGGUCUUGCGCAAGCCAGGUCCAACGUCGUAGCAGACAAGCUCCAAGAUGUCACCCAAGAGCUCUUCGAUCUUCGGAUUCAGCAUGAGUCAACCGUGAGCGACUUCGAGAUGAUAUCUGCAAAGUACGAUGAAGCAUUACGUACACUCGCAGAAAUGCAAGAUGCCGUCGAUGAAGCUCGUCACCCGGCUGCAGCAGAAUCAGUCGCAUCCCCAAUAUCUACACGACCAACGUCUUUUUUAGGAGACGCGAGGGUGAAUGGGCUAAAAGAUGGGGGACAACUACCAUCCUCGCGAUCUCUGUCAUCGGAAUUGUCCUUAGCUGGGGAUUCAAGCACUUCCGUGGAGCCGUCAGCGGACGGCAGUCCCCUCAGGAAGAUUACUCCUGGGGGUUGGAGCCGAAUCUCACCUCGUGAAGAGUCUUUGAUGCAAGAAGUGGACGAAUUGAAGAGGGCCCACAUUGAGAAAGAUGAAGGCUUAAAAACCUUGCACGGCAGAUACUCCGAAUUGCAAGAGCUACAUGUCGAAACGCUGGACGUCGUUGAAGAACUCAAGGCAGAAGUUCAGAAAGCAAAGAUGAACAACCCACAAUCGCCGACCUCGUCUGUGAUUAGGCGAAAAUCCAGCCAAAACGUCAUGACGAUAGACCGUGCUCACCGUUCGUUCGCAUCGCUCAGAAACAUCGCCGCUGACAAUCUUGACGACAAGCCUGAUACGAUGCAGAGCUUUGAGAUCAAUCUUAAUACAGCAAUGCAUGAGCUCCAUCAACGGUCAGAACGGGUACAGCUUCUCGAAGCCGAGCUAGCAACUCUGAAAAGGGAAAUGGAUGCAAAGGCGACAAUGAUAUCUGGCCUCACACGAGAGCGCACUAGCAUGAAGACAUCGUCACCCAUCGACAUGUCCGUGGUAUCUACCUUACACGAACAGUUGUUGCAGAACGAUACUCAGAUGAGGAUGCUGCAGGAAAGACAUUCGAAUCGAGAGCAGGAGUUGGUCGGCGAAAUCGAGUCACUAACGAGGUCCUUGGAACACGCCGAAUCGGCCAAAUCAGCUAUGCCAGGAUAUUUCCCCGAGACUCCAGCUACGACUAUCGAGUCGAAUGACAAGCAGCUUGGCCACAACAUGCAGCCAACGCAAGACGUCGCGAGACUGCAGGACGAGGUCUCCCAGUGGCAGCAGAAGCACAGAACAGCCGUCGACUCUAUGCAAGCUUCCGAGAAGAGGCUGAUAUCCACUAUCACCGACCUGGAAAGCACCUUGGCCAGUGUCGAGAUGAUGCGUAAACAAGCUGAGGAGAAGGCUCGGGAGUCCGAAUCUAUCUCGGCUAAUGCGGCAGAUGAGAAAACUGACCAUGUCCAAAUUAUCAACACUUUGAUCAAAGAGAUUGACGGGCAAAAGGCAACCAUUGAUUUACACGUGGAUAGAAUUGCGAGACUCGAGGAACUACAAGCAACAGCUCGUGAGCAGGUUGACACGGCAGCACGCUUCAGAAGCGACAACGAAAAGGAACUUGACUCGCAUCGUCAACAUAUUUCGAUGCUCGAGCGGCAGGUCGAAGAGCAUCAGUCCACUGUUGAGUUUCACAAGCAUGGUCUGAAAUCUUUGCAUGACUCACAUUCACGCGAAUUGGAUGGUUUGCGCUCAAACAUCGGGGAGCAUGCCGCAGUAAAAGCAGAGUUGGACCGUAAUUUCCAAGAAAUGCAGGGUGUAUAUACGGCCCAAGUUACCCGGCUCGAGACAGAAGUUAUCGACUUGAGGACUCAGCUAGAAAAGGCUAAUAGCAACCUUGCAGACGAGCUUCGGCUGUCAAAAGCAAAGUGUGAUGAGAUGGACCGACAGCGCAAUCAGCUUCAGAAAGAGGUCCAGACUCUCAAAUCUGAGAUCGCAGCAGCCGGGAAGUCGAACGAAACCAACAUCGCCGAGCUGGAAACGUUCAAAUCCAAGAACGAGAGAUUGGAAAUCAUCAACGAUGAAUUAGAAGAGCAGAUCAAAAACGCCUUCGACCAACAGCAAGCCAGUACCAGUAGGCUGUCUAUGUUGACCAACAACCAACCUCAGAUCAGCAUUCUCGAGAAGCAAUUGGAAGCCUCCCAGAUCCAAGUCGAGCAGCUACAGACACAAAUGCGGGAACUCCACCAGCAAACGCUCGAACGCUCCCUCUCAAACUCCAACAUCCGCAAGAGUGGCUCCGUCGCCACCCUUCCGUCACCCCCACCGGCCAUCCCGCUUCCCCCACUACCCAACUCCGUCACUUCCCCCACAUCCGCCACCUUCUCCCACCACUCGCCCAGCACUCAGACAGCCGACCUAAUCUCCCAACACAAUGUCCACCUGGAAGAAAAAGACGCCCAUAUCAAACAAAUGGAAAAGCAUCUCUUUGCGGAAAAACAACUCACGGCCACCCUCGAAGAAGCCCUUGUCGAUCUCGAGUUCCAAACGAAUAAGAGCAAGCUUGAUAUGGAAGCUUGGAAGAAGAAGACGUGGGCGUUGGAGGAUGAGAACAAAGACCUGAAGAAGGAGAGGAGUGGGGCGCGCUAUAGCGUCCAGGCGGUGGAGGAGGAGAGGGACAAGAGGAAGGAGGCGGAGAGGGCGAGGGAGAAGUUGGAGGAGAGAAUGAGGGCCGUGGAGGGAAAGAGGAAGAAGAAGGGAGGGGGGUUCAAUUGCUUCUAG